AUGUUUACCAAGAGGUGUUACCUCGGACUCCCCUCAGCUCCCCCUAUUCAUGUGCGGAAUCCCAUUGUUGGCGGGGACAUCAUUCAAGCUGGUGUGGAGGGAGGCUCCCGCUUCAUUGGGGAGGAUUCACAUAAGCGGGAAGUGAAGAUGGCAGCCGUCACUUUGGUGUGUGCCUGCUUUCUGCUCACCUUGAAGGCGGUCUCCUCCGACGUCUCCCCGCAGACGCACCAGGAAGAGCUGAAUGAGACGGUGAUGUGCACCAACGCUCACAUGGAAGUGGUCAUACCCGCCUCCUUCUUCCUGCACAAAGUCCCCCCCGUCUAUGUCUGGGAUUUGCAUCUAAACGACCCAGAAUGCCGAGGGGCGGAGGUGGGAGACGACUACGUCUUCAGCAUAAAGAACAAUCUGUCUGACUGCGGCUCCAUCAUGAGCUCAGACGACACACACAUCAUGUUCAUCAACACAAUCCACAACAACCACACGGAGGUGAUCACCAGGAACUACAUCAACAUCACCUUUGUGUGCCGCUACCCCGUCAACUACAUGGUGCAGCAGCCCAGCGGGGGCAACAUGAUCCAGGUGGACGUGCGGACCAUCACUCUGAACACGGAGGACGGCAACUUCUCGGUGUCCAUGCUGCUGUUCAAAGACCAGAACUUCCAGGACCAGUGGAGCACGGUGCCCUGGCUUACCCUCCACGACGACAUCUUUGUCAAAGUGUUCAUGAUUCCAGCUCACCUGACGCUGCGCAUGGAUCGAUGCUGGGCCACGCCCACCAGCGACCCCUACAGCAACAUUCAGUACACCUUCAUCAGAGACAGCUGCCCGCUGCUCACGGACCAGCACACCCUGAGUGUGCUGAACAACGGCCAGGGUCCAGAGGCCACCUUCAGGAUCCAAAUGUUCAAGUUUGUGGGCACCUCCUACACUGACGUCUUUCUGCACUGCAACGUCCAGAUCUGCCACAACGGCGCCAGCCCGUGCCAACCUAACUGCACAGCUGAAGAUGUCUUCAUGAGGACCAGGCGGGACAUCCCCCUCUCACACACCGUCUCUUACGGGCCCAUAAGGCGGCGGACUGACCACAGGGACACGCCCCAUUCAAGCCCAGUCCCUCCGGUGGAGACUUUAGUCCUGGGGGGUCUGCUGGUGGUCCUGCUGGUGGUCACGGGGGUGUUUGGGAGGCUGUGGGUCCGCUCCAGAAGGUUCUACCCGGCCAGGGAGGCCCAGCUCACUUUGUCCAACAUCCAGCACAUCUCAGAGGUGGCCUCGUGAGACUCAACCAUGAAAUAAAGACUUUCCCUUCAACAACUUUCUAGAGAAUACUAGAGAAGAGCCCAAUGAGAUAUUGCAAAAUGAAAAGAGCGAUAUAAAAGUUGUCUUUCUUUCUAUAUUAAAAACUAUUUAAGUCUGUUUCCGCCACAAAAAGAAAAAAGUCACAAUUAUUAAAUAUAAAGUCGAAAUUAUGAAAUAAGAAAAGUUGGCAUCAUAAUUUUAUUUUCAUAAUUUCGAUUUUUAAUCUCAUAAUUAUGACUUUCUAUCUCUUACUUUCGACUUUUUGUCAUAAAUUUGAUUUUUUUUUCCAUAAUUUCGUCUUUUUAUCUCAUAAUUAUGACUUUUUAUCUCAUAAUUAUGAGUUUUUAUCCCAUGAUUUUGUCUUUUUAUCUCACAAUUAUGACUUCCUAUGUCAUACUUUUGUCUUUUAAUCUCAUAAUGAUUUUUUAUCUCAAAAUUGGGACUUUAUUUCAUAA